AUGGAUAAAUCGAAAGAGAACUGGGCCUCGAACGACAUCGUUUUGCAGAUGGGAAUGGUCGUGGUCAUGUUCCUCUUCUACCUCUUCAUGCACAACGUCCCCAAGAAGCUCUGGUCUGACCUCCGUCUCCGCAACCGGGCCGACAUCCAAGCCAAGCGCCACUUCGUCCAAGGGGCCCAACUCCUCGCCCGAGCCCGCGCCUCCAAAUCCAAGGCCCUCGCCAAAGAAGCCCAGGCCCAGGCCCAACGCGCCAUAGCCCUCGACCCCCGCGACGCCGCCCCUCACCUCCUCAAAGCCCUCGCCCUCGAUUUCCUCGGUCUCCGCUCCGCCGCCCUCGAUUCCCUCGACGACGCCCUCUCCCCCCUCGCCGCCACCUCCCUCUCCCACUCCGAGCGCGCCGACGCGCUCCUCAAACGCGCCGAACUCAGACUCGCCUCAACUCAGCGCGCCCGCGUCGACUCGGCCCUCGCGGAUCUCUCCGAGUCCGUGAAACUCAACCCUAACAACGCCAAGGCUUUCUUCGCCCUCGGAGACUGCUUCGAGCGGAAGAAGAUUAACGACGACGCCGUUAAGGCCUACCAGCAUGCUCUCGAAUUGGAACCCCAAUUGCUCGUCGCUCAACAAGCCCUACACAGGUUGGAUUCUUCGCCCAAAACCAAUUGA